AAGCCGCCUGCGCAGACUCCUCCCCUCGCUUCACCUCUGGGCUUGACCCUGCAGGGCUGCCGUUGAGAGGCCGUUUGCGACCCCCCUCCACGUCCCCACGUGAACUGCGGGCGGGAGGGGCGGCCGCAGGAUGGAGGAGGUGGCGGAGCCGCCGGGCGCUUGGCUGAGCGGGGACAGCGGCAACGUCUCGCAGAGCCCCAGCAGCGCGUCGGGCAUCGGGGAGGAGGGCGACCCCCCGGAGCUCCUGCUCAGCCGCGCCGCUGCCGACUACUCCGCCUACCUGCUCCCGGCUGGGGUCGACUUCUGCGCGCAGAUAGAAAGCUUAGACAAGAGUCUAGAAGAUUUGCUGACCAGGGUUGAUGAAUUUGUAGGGAUGUUAGACAUGAUUCGAAGCGAGUCUUCUCAAGUAGUCAAUGAAAGUGUACCUCAGAUUCACACAAAAGCUACAGAAAUGAGACAGAUAUAUAGGAAGAUUGACAAACUAGAGGCCUUUGUAAAAAUGGUUGGAAAUAAUGUGGCUGGACUGGAGGAGCAGGUCACCAAGGCAGAAACAGACCUUGGAACUUUUCCAAACACCUUUAAAAAAUUCUUACAAACUAUCAGUGUACCAUCCUUUCUUAAUAAAUCAUCUUCCUCACGGCAACAUCAGACCCUGUAUGAGCCUCAAGCACUUUUCAAGACUGAAGACUACUUUCCGUGUCUCAGUGAGCCACCUUACUCAUGAUUUUGCUUUUGCGUUGACAUGAAUCCAGAAGAGAAAAUGGCAAGUGAACAAAAGCAGUGCUCAGAGUUGCUGCAUUUUUAUGCAUAUCAGUGGCAGAUUGCCCUCCUGACUGUGUGCCACCAUCUGUCUUCUGACAGUAUUAUAAGCAGUCUUCAAUUAUUUGUGUAUAAUAUAUGAUUACAGAAGUCUUCCUCAAACAAAGCUAUAAACUUUCAGGUUAAGAGAGAGAGAAAUUGGUAAGGGUACUCCUCCAAUUGAUUUUUCAUCUUUAAGCACACUCUAGUAGGAAAAUGGGUAAAUAGGAAAUGUCCUUUUUUGCGUGUAUUGUAACACUUCAGUUUCUGUGUUGCUACCAGUAAUAACAUCUGUAGCACGUUUCUAUUUUUUUAAGUAGCCCUAUGGGUAACUGAGAUGAGAGAAGGACAAAGCUCUCUACAUUAAUGUCCCUAAGGAAUGGCUGGGGUCCUGCUCUCCAACGUCUGAGAGCAUGUAUUAAAAAUACAUAGGAGUAAGAUCUCUACUGUUCUGUGAACUGCUAACUCCACCAAACUCUGCAGCAUGAGAACAGGAAUGUGAUGACUCUUGUAGAAUUUCAAGGGUCAAAGUCUAAACUUGGAAGUUCUGUUUGAUACAUGUAUACAACCUUGACUUUUGUAAAUAAUGCCAAAAUUAUAUAUGUAUGAUUACCAAAGCUCUUGUAAUUAAAGUUGAAGUAGUUUAUUUA